UUGAGAGAACAGUUACCCGCUUCUGUUCCGGAGAAUCCAGGACUUGGUCGACAGAUCAGCCUCGCCAUCGGACAGAGGCUGAAUCAAGAUGACGUGAAUCGUGCCAUGGAAGAGAUCAGCAACUACACCGCUGUCUUGAAUAUCACCUUAUCAACACUGUUACUGGCUCAAAAUGUGGACACGAAGAACUCACAGGGCGAAAUUCUCCGGGAGGUACAGAACGUCGCUCGCAAGCUUCGCAACAACAUUGAAAUUUCCCCUCAAGCCCAGGCAACCACCAACAACUAUGUCGCGAUCGAAGGUCGCGAGGUACGCAACUUAAACGUCGCGAUGAAUGUCCAGCGGUGGACUAGUUCGGCGAGCAGCCUUGCUGAAGCAGUACUUCUCGAAAGAAACGAAGAUCUUGCUCCAUCCGAUUCCGAAGCGAUCAAGACCGGCAGAACAUCAAGUGCGUCUGAUAUCUCGCAGAGAAAUUCGUUGGUCGUCCCAUUCAACUCGAGGCUCGAAUUCUUCAAGUAUCAGAAGAACUUGGAAGUAGCAAGACUUUUGAAGGAGGGCGAGCUGUUCCAAAGCGCCUCACACCACUUUCAAAAGGCGAUAGAUCUUCGUGCAACUUUGAUGGAGCGUGGGGUGGAUGGUUUUGAAGGUGCCGAGCACUACGAUUUGCUUGAAGAGCUCGCAGAACUCUACCGAUUCUGGGGUACUGUGGAUGGCAACAAUAUGGCGCGGGAAUCACUUGAAAAGCUCACUGCCGAAUGCGACGGUUCCACGCUCUGCGCAAGUCUUGAGGAUUUACCUGGCGCCAGCAAGAAUCUUGAAAUUGCACUUCAAAUACGUCUGGAAGAAGAGCCGAGAAACCAGGGCCACAUCACGGAGACUUGCCAAGCUCUUCUCGCUAUUCAUCAUCUCGCAGGCGACCGUGCCAGCUACCUGGCGAUAAAAGAUUGGGUUAAGAAAGAGACGGGUUCAGUCGAAGAACCACCCCAGGUGAAGCUGGAAUCUGCUCUCCGAUGGGCGCAACAACACGGUUUCGAGGAUGCCAACAUAGACGACACAGGUUUGCCAAGGUUCGAGGCCAUGGACUCCGAAGGAAGAACGCUUCUGCACGUCGCCGUGGUCGACUCUGACAUCGAACCAAGCGUCCUGGAGCAAAUCAUCCAGAAUGUUGGCAACCUUGACAUCGGAGAUCGCAAUGGGGAUACACCCUUGCUUGCAUCUGUGUCAACUUCCAAAGCCUCAGCUGUGCAGCUUUUACUUCAUUACGGUGCCAAUAUCGACGCUCGAGAUCUUCAAGGACACGGCGUUCUGCACAAAUGCCAGAGCGGCAAAAUGGCAGAUCUCAUCUACAACCAUAUCGAGUCAUCAGCCCGAAAAUCCAGUGUCGUAUCAACUACGUCUGCUGCGGUGCGACGAUCAAUAUCAAGUCGGUCAACGAAUCAGGUUCCACUGGAAGCCACGAGCUAUCUUGAUGUCAAUAGCCAAGACAUUUACGGGAAGACCGCGUUGUUCGAAGCUUGUGAAAAGGGGCGAAGUGACUUGGUAUCGGUCUUACUCAAGUCAUUCAACGCAAAGACCGAUGUAAUCGGCCCUAAGGGUUGCAGUCCUCUUGUUGCAGCAAUCCAAAUGAAGCCGAACAUUGACAUUGUUCAGCAACUAGUUGCCUAUGGGGCAAAGCGCGAUGUGGACCCAGACAUUAUCAGGAGUGCUGGUGUGUUGGUGGCUGACACGAUUAAGAAGAUUCUCAAAGAUACUCCCGCUGUGCAGCAGAGAAGUACGAGUACUUUAGUUAGUGUUGCCCCGUCAGUGAGUUUGCAUCUCGAUGAAGAGGACUGGACAAAGAUCAACUGGGGCAAUUAG